CUGGAAUGUAACGGGAAGGGAGGUCACAUGUCGGCAACAGGCAAAAUCAAGGGUUUGUUUUCACCUGUGCUUGUUGCUCCUCUUCUUCUUCUGUUUCAAACCCGAAAUUCUUCAAACCCCUUACCCUAAUUUUCAGUGUGAUAAAGGGGGAGUCGUAAACUGAGAAGGACUAGAUUUGGAUAGGCAUCUCUUUCAUUUCCUAUGGCUUCUCCUAUGGAGGACCAAUCAGACGAGGAUUUCUUCGACAAACUUGUAAGCGACGAAUAUGGAAUCACUGGAUCUGAUUACCCGAAUGGAACUUUAGCUGGGUCCAGUUCAAGUUUUGCUGAAGUUGUCGAUGCUGAUGAAACCGAUCUCCCUGACAAAGCAUUUUCAAAGCUAAGUCUCAGGGAAAUGGAGUCAAAUGGAGGGUCACAUGAAGCGCUUGGGGAUUGUGUCGGUAUGGCACCAGAUGUUCCUGUAAAGGAUGUCUUGGUUGCAGAGGAGAGUGUCUGUCUCAAGACUUCAGAUUCAUCUGCUCUGGGUGCAUUUGAGGAACCAACUAGUUUGGUCUCACCCCAGUUGGGGUUCGAGGCAAAUGGUGGACUCGAUCCCAAUGACGUGAAGCCUGGAAAAGGCAGCAAUGGCAACCAUACAUCUGUGAAAGAAGUACAAUGGAGUAGUUUUUAUGCAGAACCUCAUCAGUCGGAUCCCAGUGGGCUCAGUUCAUACUCUGAUUUCUUCAGUGAAUUGGGAUCAAUGUCAUCAGAUCCCGUUGGGGGUUCAAUAGAUGGUAUUUCACAAAAAAAUUAUCCAUCCAAAGUCAAUCCCAUCCUUGAUAAGAAGCAUUGCCAAGGCACUUCUUUUAGAACCUCUGGUUAUCAGGACAAUUCUGGGCCGUUUGGAGAAAACCCAUCUUCUUCUAUUAAUGAGAAUGAACUUGGUCCUUUUAUUUCGUCCUCUGCAUUGAAACAAGAAGGAAGCAAACCAGAGUUAGAUCAUUGGAGUUCUUCCAAUAUUGGUGAGGUCCAAUCUGAUGAUGUCAAUAAUAACAGUAAUGCGAAUGCUGGGCAAGAUUUGUAUAGUAGUCAGUGUUGGGAAAGUCAUUAUCCUGGGUGGAAAUAUGAUCAAACCACUGGAGAGUGGCAUCAGAUAGAUGGUUAUGAUCUAAAAGCAUCCAAUUCUGAUGGAACCAGGGCAACUAACCAAGAUAGUGUAUCUAAUCAGGACUCUGCAAAUGGCUCAGAGGUUUCCUAUUUACAGCAAGGGUCUAACUCUAUUGUGGGAAUUGUCAAUGAAGAAAUGGGUAUCACAGGCAAUGUUUCUAGCUGCAAUAAUUUCUCUCACAGUGGUUCAGAGUACCAACAAAAUAUGGUGUUUGAUCCUCAAUAUCCUGGGUGGUAUUAUGAUCUACUUGCCCAAGAAUGGCGCCAAUUGGAAUCAUAUAGUCAAGAAACUCAGACAAAUACAAUAUCAGCCGACCAUGUCUCCAUUCAUCAGCAAACUCAAGGUGAAAUUGGUUUGGGCUCCAGCUCUAAUGCUACUGAAAUUUUGGGCAAUAGUGAACAAUGUCAUGUUCAAAAUGGGUCUAUGAUUAGUUAUUCUCAUGGUAAAGAUCAAGUUCAUGCUAGUAUUCUUCCGCAGAAUACGUGGUAUCCUGAACAAAUUUCAAAUAAUGGAACUCUAAAUAGUUUAUCUCAAGACCGUUUUGGCAGUGAACAGUUUCUUGGUCAGCAGGAUUCGUAUAAUUCAACAAAUAAAACUGAGAAACAAUUUGGUUUUGGCACAGUUGAAACUGUUCCCUCUUAUGGUUCCUCAAAUUACAAUUACAAUAUUAGUCACACUGGUGCUAUGUUGCAGAGUUUUGUCAGUGCAGAGAAAUCUUAUCAAUUUAGCAAUAUGGUGGUGGGGCAGAACCAGCAAAAGUAUUUCAGUGGUGAUUACUAUGGUGAGUGGAAGGCAGGAAUGGAUUUUUCCCAGUCACCAAUUCAGACUGGCAAUUCAAUUUAUGAGGCAUCUUCUUAUGGUUCGAUAGGAGGGAGAAUAUCAUCAGGACGUCCUCCGCAUGCCCUCGUAACUUUUGGUUUUGGUGGGAAACUUGUGAUUAUGAAAUCACCAAGCUCUUCAUUUGGGAGUCAGGACCCAGUAGGUGGCUCCAUUUCAAUUCAUGACUUAUUGGAUGUUGUUCUGGAUAAAACUGAUGUUGCUAAUGGUGGGAAUGGUGCAUGUGAUUACUUCAAUGCCCUAUGCCAACAAUCCUUCCCUGGUCCACUUGUUGGAGGAAGUGUUGCCAAUAAGGAUCUGUACAAAUGGAUAGAUGAGAGGAUUGCAAAUUGUGAAACAUCCUCAACGUAUUUUAGGAAAGGAGAGCUUCUGAGGAUGCUAGUAUCUCUCCUGAAAAUUUGUUGCCAAUAUUAUGGAAAGCUGCGGUCUCCAUUUGGCACUGAUUCGGAAUCACAGGAAGUUGAUGGGCCGGAGUCAGCUGUAACAAAGCUUUUUGCGUCUGCUAAAAAGUAUGAUCCUAGCUCACAGUGUUUGCUGAGCUUGCCUUCAGAAGGGAAAAUUCGGGCUACUGCUACUGAGGUACAGAAUCUUCUUGUUGCUGGUAGAAGGAAGGAAGCUCUUCAGUUGGCACAAGAAGGUCAGUUAUGGGGCCCUGCUCUUGUUCUCGCUGCGCAGCUUGGUGAGAAGUUCUAUGUUGAUACUGUGAAGCAAAUGGCACAUCGCCAGUUCAUAUCAGGAUCACCUUUAAGGACGCUAUGCCUGCUGAUCGCAGGGCAACAAUAUGAUGUUUUUUCUUCAGAAAGUGAAGUUAUUUCUAGCCAUCCAAGCCUAGGCACUACAACUCAGCACCCUGCAAAGGCUCCAUUGAAUGGGAUGCUAGAUGAUUGGGAAGAGAAUGUGGCCGUCAUAACGGCAAACAGAACAAAAGAUGAUGAGCUUGUCCUCAUUCACCUUGGAGACUGCCUGUGGAAGGAUAGAGAUGAGGUCACUGCAGCACACACCUGUUAUUUGGUUGCAGAAAAAAAUAUCGAGCCGUUCUCUGACAGUGCCAGACUAUGCCUUAUUGGUGCAGACCACUUCAGAUGCCCUCGAACUUAUACUAGUCCUGAGGCUAUCCAGCGGACAGAAGUAUACGAAUAUGCUAAGGUGCUUGGCAAUUCCCAGUUUAUUUUGCUACCCUUUCAGCCAUAUAAGCUCAUUUAUGCCCAUAUGCUGGCUGAAGUGGGAAAGGUUUCGGAUUCUUUGAGGUACUGUCAAGCUUUAACCAAGGUAUUGAAGAAUUCUCGUCGUGCACCUGAAGUGGAGUCAUGGAAGUCCAUGCUAUCUUCCUUGGAGGAACGUGUACGAAUCCACCAACAGGGGGGUUACAGUUCAAGUAUAGCCCCAGCUAAAUUAGUGGGUAAAUUUUUCACAACCAUCGAUAGUACCAUUAACCGUAUUAUCGGUGCACCACCAUCACCUAUGCCAUCAACAGCAAGCAAUGUCCAAAGCAGCGAUCCUGAUAGCCAUUUGGGUUUUCCAAAGGCAGGAAAUGAUUCAUUAAGAAUGGCCAAUGCAACAUUGAUGCCAUCAGCUUCAAUGGAUCCCAUCAGCGAAUGGACAGGAGGCAACCAUGGCAACAAUGGAUUCACAAGGCACAGUAGAAGCAUUUCAGAGCCAGAUUUUGGUAGAACUCCCAUUCAGGGUACAUCUGGUUCGAAAGAUGCAUAUUCUCCAACUGAUACACAGAGAAAAACAUCAGCUUCUGGUGGCCCAACUCGAUUAGGUCGCUUUGGUUCAAAUAUUCUUCAAAAAGCGGUGGGGUUGGUCUCGAGAAAUCGGCAGGCCAAACUAGGGGAGAAGAACAAGUUCUAUUAUGAUGAAAAGCUUAAGAGAUGGGUUGAAGAAGGUGCUGAGACCCCAGUUGAAGAAGCAGUUUUGGCGCCUCCCCCAAUGACUGCUAGUUUUCAAAAUGGCUUUUCUGAUUAUAACCCAAACAAUGUGAUCAAAAGCCAGAUCUCUCCAAAUGGAGGACAUGAAAUAAGGUCUCCAACUCCCACCGAGCAUAGUUCAGGGAUCCCCCCAAUUCCCCCCACGAACCAAUUUUCUUCUCGUGGACGUAUGGGUGUUCGCUCAAGGUAUGUCGACACCUUCAACAAGGGCGGAGGCCCUCAAUCAAAUCUCUUCCAGUCUCCCUCCCUUCCCUCUGCAAAGCCAGUCUCCAAAGCAAAAUUCUUUGUUCCAACACCAUCUAACCCAAGUGAAAGCAUUCCUGACAAUGUCACAGAAUCCACAAGUAUGAUGAACAGAGAAGACCCAUUCAUGUCAAAUGCCCUUACAUCCCCAUCACCACCAUCAUCAUCAUCAUCAUCAUCAUCAUCAUCUUUACAAGCAUCAUCCUUGCAAAGACAUGGGAGCAUGGACAAUGUGGCAUCCAUGGGGAAUAAGGGAACAGUAGGCAAUGUCCCCCGUACCUCUAGGUCCCGAGCCGCCUCAUGGAGUGGUGGCUUUGCCAAUAUGCUUGGUGGUGAAAUGGAACUUAUGGAUCAGAAGCCAGUAUCUGUGGCCAUGAUAGGUAUGUCUCCACCAUCAUCAUCAACCCCCACUUCAUCAUUGAUGGGCGGCAUAGGCACUGCAUAUAUGCCUGUGAAUGGUGGCAACCUCGGUGAUGAUUUGCAAGAAGUAGAGCUGUAACUUACGGCCAGAGAUGAAGAGUUGGGAGGGGUUCCAUGUCAUUGCUUGAUUUCUUGAGAUGUUGGCUGCUGGCUGUUGAUCCAGGCACCCCUCCCAACUAAGGGGACUCCAUCUCGACUGGUCAUUUCUCUGGAUAAUUGUAUUAUUUAAUCAGAAUGUAUUUUUGAUAUUUGGAGCUGAUUUCUUGUAAUGAUUCAGAAAGAAGGUGGGUUUGACGGCCUAGAUCGAUGUCAAGAUCGAUCUGGAAGUUGGUUAUUUUUUCUCGCAAGGGCCGAGAUCAUGUGGGGAUGCCCAACAGGUCAUGGGACUGUCCCCUUGUAUAUAUUUCAUUUGUUGAUUUAUUGGAAGAAAUUUUACUUCU